ACGUACGCGUGUACGAGCGUACAAAUGCUAUAAGAUACAAGACAUUACAUUCCGGAAACUACCAAUACCAUCCCCCCACAGCUCUCCCCUCAAAAGGCAUUUCCUAUACACACACACACACACACACACACACACACACACACACACACACACAUACAUACAUACAUACAUACAUACAUACAAUAAUACAUAUACAUGGAUGAAGAAACGGUAUUUUUGAAGAUUAAGUAGGAAAAGGAGAAAAUGGCAGAAGUUAUUUGCGUACGAAGUUCAAAAAGUUCAGAUGCGCGUGCGCAAACAUAAACAGACGCGCGCACAGACACACGAUAGUUAAGUAAAUAAUAUUAUUUGCGCGGGAACUGCAAGCACAUGCAUUUUACUGGUAUUGUGUAAAUAUGGCAGGAGAACUUCUGGUUUUGUUAAUUGCCAUUUCUGUAGACUUUAGCCAGGCUGGAAUAACAAAUCAUUCGUUUGGAAGACACAGUUUUGAAAAUGAUAAGAAUUUCAAUGAUCCAACAUUAAAAGAAAAGAGUACCGGGGGAGAAAUAUUGAACACCAUUGAGACUACGAUUUAUGGAGGGAAUCACCCAGGAGGAGACAUUGACGAGGAAAAUAUUCGUAGCAGCAAUGAAGGAGAACAGAAUAAAAUGGAAAUAGCAUCAGGCGAAUCAGCAACAGUUCCAGAAUAUACCAAAUAUAUGAACGAAGGCAGUGGAGAUCAAUACUCGAAUCAGUCCUACACAGUUUUCCAAGAUAAAUCUUUACAAAUUAGUUUACAACCAUUUCAUGGAUCGGUGAGCGUUAAUUACACUUUUCUGAAAGAGAAACCAGAGCUUAUUCAGUGCCAUGUAAUUAGCAGACGAAACGAGCGAUUCAUUGAAACUUUAAUGAGUUUAAUCAACUGCGGACAUUUCCCGGAAAUACCAAACGGAAAAUUUGUUUUUGCACUCGGUCAUUCUCCGGAUGAUAUUAUUUCAAGAGUUUUAUGUGACCGCUAUUAUAUUCGUGUAGGAGAGGCUAACGGUGAUCUUCGCUGUCGGAAAGGAGUUUGGUACCAUAACGCCACAUGUGAAAUUGUGAAAUGUUUAAGAAAACUCCAAGUGCCCUCCAAUGGUCGGAAAGUAUCGAAAACUGGGAAUACAGUCAAUUCUACAAUAACGUUUUCUUGUCAGUAUGGUUACAAGUUGUUUGGAAACAAAACCUUGGUGUGUGGCGAAGAUGGAAACUGGAUGGGUACGUUCCCUUCUUGUCAAUUAGUGAAAUGUCCCAAACCUCAGCUGCCAGAUCAUGGAUUUAUUGAAAAAGAUAAACAGGAAACCGUUUUCAAUACGACACUUGUCUAUCGAUGUAGGGAAGGAUAUAGUCUUGUUGGUUCAUCGCAUAUCACGUGUCAAGCUGACGGAAAGUGGAACAGAGAGUUUCCUGUUUGUAAACAAGUUUGCUUGAUUCCAGAUAUAAAAGGACUAACGAAGCCGUUGUGGUUAUUACCAACCUUUAAAGCAUUGAAUACUUCAGCGGAGAUAUCUUAUGGACAGCAAAUAAUUUACUCAUGCAAAAAACGUUUCAAAAAUGCCUAUGAAGGAGCUAUUACAUGCAUUAAUGGAAUUUGGGUCCCAGCUAUAUUUUGCAUCAGGUCUUCUGCAUGUGUGGAACCGAAAACACCAAAGCAUGCAAUAAUUGUCUAUCAAAUUGGUAGGGCCUUUGUACAGUAUGAUUGCAAGAAAGGCUAUCAGAUAUCGAACACAGAUCUCCGAAUUUGUUCUCGCAGACGCACAUGGUCUCAUCCAGUUCCAGAAUGCGUGAAAUCUUGUGAGCUUCCUAAAAUCUUUGGAAUGAAAGAUGCAGAAUUCGACUUCAAAUACAAUAAGACUAAAACUAGGUCUUUAUAUGAAAUUUUCCUGACGUAUUCCUGUAAAAACGAUUUCAGAAAACCAAAAGAAAUUCAACCUAAAUGUCUUAAUGCAACUUGGAAUCCAUUGCCACGGUGUGUUCCGGCUAAUGUUAGACUCAGCUAUACGUUUGGUGAAACCAUCGGAGUUGCAGAAAUCUUCAGUGAUGGCACUUGGGGAGGUGUCUGCGAUCAUUUUUACGUUGGUGUUGGCAGAUGGGGUAAAUCCGAAUCAAAAGUAUUUUGCCGAAUGCUAGGUUUCAAAAACGGCCAAAAGUUAAGAUCCUACAGUUCUUCAGGAGUUCGAGCCAAAUUCAUGGGUAUUGCGUGUUCUGGCGAUGAAGAAAGCAUCCUACAGUGCCGAACUAAACAAGCAAAUGUGUUUUGUACAGACUUAGUGGUUGUUUCAUGCCGGGGAUAUAUUUUCCCUGAAUAACUUUUUAAAGAAACAUUUAGUUCUGAUGAAAAGUCUUAAUUAAUGUUCCACUUGCAGGAAUGAAAAUAUUUCCUCCAAAAUCUCUGUUUCGCUUUCAUUACACAGGUAUAUCUUCUUUCAUAUUAAAUUUUAUUCUUAUUUCUGA